AUGAAGGCAGUCUUGGUCAAGUCUCUUCUGCUCUUCGGAGCACGAACACGCGCCUUGUCAGGCGUCGUCAAUUGCACCAUUGACAACUUUCAGAGCAUUUUGGACUCGAAUGGUACCAUUGAUCAGGUCGUGUAUGCACAGCACUAUGCUGCCAACUCGACAUUCCAAAACCCAAACGCUACGACGCUGCAGUUUGCCUCCAACCCCGUUGCUCUACCAGCCACCUGCGCUGUGCAAGUCAACGUCACUACCGAGUAUCAAACGCAUUUCAGUUUUGGCAUUUUUCUUCCGGAUGACUGGAAUGGAAGGUUCUUUCUCGCCGCCCAGGAAGGUACCAAUAUCAACUGGGUUGACAUGGCAGUGGGCCUCCGCUACAGAUUCGCGUCGGUGGCCACAGAUACCGGUCAUACCGGAUCUGAUAUGAAUGGGUUCUGGUAUCUGAAUCCCGAGUCAUUGAAUGAUUGGGGUUGGCGCGCAAACCACCUCGGUACUGUGUAUGGUAAGUUGCUUACAGAACAGUUCUAUGACACGAGUAUAGCGUAUAGCUACAUGGCGGGUUGCUCGACUGGUGGGCGACAAUCUUUCAAGGAGGCACAAAUGUUCCCCGAGGAUUUUGACGGCAUUAUCUCGGCCUGUCCUGCGUAUUGGACUACCCACCAGCAGUUCUUCAACCUGAAGCAGACUACGUUUCAAUACCCCUCUGGCUCUAAUCACACCAUUCCGACUGAGUUGUUCGAUCUGAUUGGCCAAGAGGCUAUACGCCAGUGCGACCCCCAAGAUGGACUUGUUGAUGGGCUCAUCUCCGAUCCUCUUGGUUGCAACUUUGACUACCAUUCACUGCUGUGUAUUGGUAGCAGCAAUACCAGUUCGUGCCUGACGGGGCCCCAGCUUGAUACUUUGCACAAGUUCUACAGCGACUGGAAGGAGGACAACGAUACCUUUAUAUAUCCCCAUUCGUUGUACGGAAGUGAAGCCAUGUGGAACCAGAGCGGAAUCUUCGGCAACGGUAGCAUCAGCAAUAUUGGAUCGCAAUAUUGGUACCCCCAGCAUAUUCUGGGACUCACAAACUUUACAUUCGAAAACCUUACUUUAGACCUCAUUCAAUGGGCUGAAGAGGUUGACCCUGGUCAAGAUCAGGCUAGCGAUUGGGACCUCUCUCCAUUUUAUGAGCGAGGAGGAAAGCUAUUGCAUUACCAUGGCCACUCUGAUGCCAUUGUACCACCUUGA